AUAAUUUACUUAGUGUGUUAUUUUAAAUUGUUUUAUUUACUUAAAAUUUAUGUUGCGGCCUCGUUAGAAGUUUAUUUAUUUUUUUAAUUGAUUUAUUUAAUACACGCUAGUUACAUGACGCCUGAUAGUGUUGCGUACACUUAAUUUAUUUUCCUAAGCAAAUAUUGUAAUUCAGCAUAAAUUUCCAGUGUAGACGUUUGCGGUCAUAAGUUGUAUCCUGGUAUGAUGACGCAUGCUGCUCUAUCUUAACGUUGUCAUUAUCAUUCAUUAAGACCACACAGCUGAUGUCACGCAGACUGCACGCGCCUAACAUCGGGCUCAUUAUCAAUUUUCUUUUUCUUUUAAUGUGAUCUGAAUCUUGAACAUAACCUACUGAUAUGCCUGAUGAACACUAAUCCAUCUUCUGCUUGAUGUAGCCAGGUAUUCUUUUUGUCUUUCUGUCUGUGAUCUAAAUAGUCCCUCUCAGGUGAUUGUCUCUACACAUAGAGCUCGUGAUGAAAGCUCUCGGUGCGCGCUCCGCGUUUUACGUGGGCUUCGUGGUAGGCACGUGCACCCUGUACGUGCUCCUGCGUCAGAUUGGAUUCACACGGGACUUGGGGUCUCGUCAGUCCGAGGUCCACGAGAAAAGCCUACUGGAGAUGGUUGAAGAAGAAAACAAGAACUGGAAGAAGGAGAGGUUGGCUCUCUUCAACCUAAAUCAUCCUCACCAUACAGGUGAGGAUGGCACACUGGCUGACACUCUCUUUAAGCAUGUACGCGUUUUGUGCUGGGUCAUGACCAGCCCUAAUAAUCUUGAGAAGAAAGCACAGCAUGUGAAAGCCACAUGGAGUCGCCACUGCAACAUUGUGGUUUUCAUAAGCUCUGUGGACGACCCUGAUUUUCCCACGGUUGGCCUAAACACCAAGGAAGGUCGGGAUCAGCUCUACUGGAAAACCAUUCGUGCUUUCCACUACGUCAUGGACAAGUAUGGAGAUGAGGCAGACUGGUUCCUCAAAGCGGAUGAUGACACUUACGUGAUCGUCGACAACCUGCGCUGGAUUCUGGCCAGCCACUCUCCAGAGGAUCCAGUGUAUUUUGGCCGGCGGUUUAAGCCAUUCGCAAAACAGGGCUACAUGAGUGGUGGCGCAGGUUACGUGCUGAGCAAAGAGGCUCUGAGGAGAUUUGUGGAAGGAUUUCACACCAAAGUGUGCACUCACUCUAGCUCAGUGGAGGACCUAGCUCUGGGUCAGUGUAUGGAGAAGGUUGGAGUUGUGGCAGGAGACUCCAGAGACACCUUACAAAGAGAGACAUUCCAUCCUUUCGGACCAGAGUCCCAUCUCACUGCCACAUUUUCUAAGACCUUCUGGUAUUGGAAAUACUGUUUUUAUCCCAUUGUGGAGGGCCCACAGUGUUGCUCGGACCUGGCUGUUUCUUUCCACUAUGUGAAUCCAUCAAACAUGUACCUGCUGGAAUACUACACUUACCACCUGCGUGCCUUUGGUUACAAAUACCGCUAUCAGCCCGCUGAACCCAGUGUCAUACAAGACUUCAAUGCCCCAGCCCCAGACAAAGUGGAAAUCGGAGACAUAGAGGAAAGGCUGGGGGUAAGAGCAAAGGAAGGAGAAAAGAAAUCCCCUGAACUCAAUGAAAAGCUAUAGCAGCUUUUUGCAUGGAAAUUUAAAAUCUUCCAAAAUAACUUUUUGGGACGGCUUUGCAUUUUUUGGAUAAUGUCUUUUUAUAUUGUGCCACAGAAAUGUGUGCAUGACAUGUUUGUGUAAUUUAAUGAACUGCUACAGCUUGGGAGUGCUCUUCGUUAUAAGAGCCAGAGUAUGUGGUUCUUGGGGUAUGAGUAUAGGAGCCUGCCUUAACAGUAUAAUAACAUUGGAUAAUAUUUUGGGGCAAUAAAGGAAGGCUAUAUAUAU